GAACAAUCAGUUAUGAGUUGGUUGUAGAGCUAUGUGGGUGUUGGUGUUAGUUAAUUAAGUAGGCUUUUGAAAUGUCUUUGGUACGAGCUUUGUUGGAUAAAUUUUGGAGCCCGGAUGUGUGGCUGCCUCCAAAUGUUACUUGGGCUGAUUUGGAACCGAAUGAUAAAAUAGCUUAUGCCAAUUACAGACAUCUGGUGAUACCUUUGCCAUUGGCAUUUAUGUUGUUGGGUAUAAGAUUUAUUUUGGAAAGGUACUGGUUUGCUCCUGUUGGCAUUUCUCUGGGUAUCAAAAAUACAAAACCAAAGAAGGCCCCACCUAAUGCAAUUUUAGAGAGGGCGUAUUUAUGUGAGGGAAAAAUUAAGCAUAAGCAGAUUGUGGGGCUGUCCAAACAAGUGGAAUUGUCAGAGAGGCAAGUUGAACGCUGGUUACGUCUCAGACGUGCACAGGAUAAACCAUCAACAUUAACAAAGUUUUGUGAGACAUGUUGGAGGUGGUUAUACUAUACAUACUCAUUUUCAUAUGGUGUGUUCUGCUUGUGGGAUAAGCCAUGGUUGUGGGACAUUAAUCAUAGUUGGUAUGAUUAUCCUCACCAGGGCAUCACUUCAGACUGCUGGUGGUAUUAUAUGAUUUCCCUGGCAUUCUAUUGGUCACUGGCAGUGUCACAGUUCUCUGAUGUAAAGCGCAAGGAUUUCCGUCAGAUGUUUAUACAUCAUAUAGCUACCAUAUGCCUUAUGGGAUUCUCAUGGAUGUGCAACCUCCAUCGCAUUGGAACAUUGGUGCUCCUGACACAUGAUUGUGCUGAUAUUUUGCUUGAGGCAGCCAAAAUGGCAAAGUAUGCAAACUACCAGAAGGUGUGUGAUGCAUUAUUUGUAGUAUUUACAUUGUUAUGGAUUACAACACGUCUGGGCAUCUACCCUAUGUGGAUCAUUUACAGUACAACCAUCGAGGCUCCAAAUUAUGUGGAAAUGUUUCCUGCCUACUACAUUUUCAACUCCUUGCUUAUCUUGUUGCUGGUUCUACAUUUGUUCUGGACUUAUGUGAUACUGAAGAUUGCAUACAAGUCCAUUGUUGCUGGGCAGAUGGAAGGAGACAUCCGGAGUUCUUCAAGUGAUGAGGUGUCUGAUGAAUCUGGUAACCAUCCCAUUACCUCUCUUGCAUCACCAAAUAGCCUUCAUUUAUUAAAUAAUUCAAACAAUUGACUGAUCAAUAACUGAUGCUUUGUUUGAACUUUUUACAAAAAAGGAUUUCUAUCUUCAAAUGAAGAACUCAGACAAGUGUGAACACAGGAUUGAUGAAUGAUGAGACAGAAUUUAUACACAAACAUCACAACUGACAGUGAGAUUUCUGGAAAGGACAGUGUUUAUUUUGGUGUUAUAACUUAUUCAUGUCAAGCUCUGUAAUCCUUCACUGUUUCAAGAAAGUCAUGGAGUAUGCAUUUAUUUCCUAUUCGUUACUCUUACAUAGAGUACCACAUGUUCCUUUAUGAUCUUCAUUGAUUAGUGCACACAGAAUUAAUGUCACUUCGAUGUUUAUAGAUUGUUGAACAAUACAUUACAUAUUGAAAUGUACAGGAGUCUCAGGACUAACUAUGGAUAGCUAUGCCAAAUUGUCAUGGCUGUUUCAUUUAAAUUUCAGAAUGGAAUAUUAACUUACAAAGUGGCAUUUUCUUGUAUUUAGCACAUAUUUAUAGUGGCCAGAAUUGCUACAGGUGUACAUACUUUCAGAAGUCAGACAGAUUCCGGACUUAAGAAGAAAAAGUGGUCUUUUCAUGUGCAUUUGUUUUGUAAUGAUUAACAAACAUCCUUUGAAUAUGUGAAGGAAAUUUACAUUGUACUGGGUCUGCAAUUUAUGAGGCUGCGGUCGUGCUUGCAUUGCGUGGGCGGAAUUUGUGCGCGUUCUUCCGGUGGGUGACCGGCGAAUCAGUUUCAGUGCCGCUAGUAACAGCGAACUAUGAAUAUUUCUCGUCACUAAUACAUGUUUUACAUUAAUUGUUCUUACUUUAAAUCACAAAAGAUGUUCAAAGUGACUUACUUGUGCUUGCAGGCAAACUUCACAUCUCGUUAACAUGUUUCGAAAUACUCUUUGAAGCUCUUUUUUAGGAAAUUGCCGAAUAUUUUCUUUAAGUACUUCUGCCCACAUCAACAGAGCGCCAGCCGACCACGCAAUGCAAGCACGACCAUCAGCCUCAUAAAUUGUAGACCCGGUACAAUCAAGAAAACUUCAAUGCCUAUUUGAAUUAAUCUCAGAUCUUCUGUAAAGAGGAGUAUAUAAUUAAAUAUUGAUUACCUGCAGCUAACACAUUGGUUGCAAAGAGUAUUGGAGGUGACUCGUGUCUAUCAUAGUGCUAUAUAUUACUUGGUCUCUUGUUUUAAGUAUUGUUGUGUACAAUGUUUGCACAUAAGGCACAAUAUUAAAUGUGUGGAUUUUUGGGGAAAAUACUAUAUAAGUUUUUAAGGGGAUAACUUGUUUUUACACUUGCAUUAAUAUACAACCCUUAGAUGAGGCAUGGUAGUAGCCAAAGGGGAGAAAGAAUUAAACAAAUGGUAGGUGUUUACAGAUCUGUAAGAUGGAUAUCAGAUUAUUAAGACAUUAUCAAGUGUGAGUAUGUGCCCUUUUAAUAAGACUGUGUUCAUCAAUAAAGAAGUCAGUCAA